AUGCUAUUCGAAUGCUGCACCAUCAUCUCUUACCAAAAGCCAAAAACUGCGGUAAUUACUCCUACAUCUUUUUUGGAAACUACAAUGACCACAUCUACUGUUUCUUUUGAAACUUCUACUUCCAAAGUAGAGGAACCAAAAGACUUGAAGUAUGAUUCAAAUUUUUAUAGAAUAGCUGAUCGCAAAAUAAACUAUUUUAAUCAGCCGAGUUCUGACUCGACUCCUAAAUCUACAGCACCAUCACGGAGUCGACAAAAUCCCCGCUGUUCUCCACAAGCUUUGCUAAAAAAGGAAAAAUUGCCGUACUCAUCCCAUUCAUCUUAUAUCAAGCACCUCACAUCAAUUGUUCGUUCUACUGGAAUGAAUGCCAUUCAAUCUCAAAAAGUAGCCAAAAAAAGACAAGAAUACUUGGAAAGAGCUACAAAAGAAUUGGACAGUUAUCAACGCAUGCAAACUCAUGGUUACGUUAAAAUCUAUUCUGGUCAAAAAAUGCGGUUGUGGUUAAAAGACAACUUCAAUGCUGCUCAAGCAGCUGCUGAUCAAUACAACGAGGUUGCAAAAACCGAUCUUGCUGCCUAUAAACAGGCCAAGAAAAAGCUGGAGGAAGCUAAAAUAAACCCACGGGCGUUUUCUUUGUCUGAAUGCUCGACUGAGUCUGAGCCAUCAAUUGAUGAUUCAAGAUUGCCACUACUUGAAAUCGAAGACCCAGAUGAUGAAUGUGCACCCAGUCGCGCUCGAAUCGCAUCAAAAGUCAUUGAUCCUCGGAUAGUCUCUGGAUCUACCCAUUCCAGAGCACCAUGCAGUAAUCCUAAUGGUACGCGGAGAGAUUUACAAAAACCCAAGUCAAGAGAGCUGCCCAAAAGGCUUCUUGACCGAGCCAAUAGUCGCAUGCCUAGGGAUACCUUGCAGAUUCCAAGCCUAAAGAAUAGCGUGAAAGCAGACACGACUGAAACAGACAAUGGUAAUAUAAACUCUUCAACUAACCCAGAUUCUCCACCACUGACAGGAAACACACUUCACAUUCCAGUUAGAUAUGCUUCUCGUACACUGACAUUGGACUCGACAGAGUUUGAAAACAGCAGGGAACAACAUCAAAGAGUGGAUAUCGAGACAGUCAGAAGAAAACAUGCCAAUCGCGAAAGAGGGUAUGGCCCAGUUGGUGGAUUCAAGUCGUUUCCAUCACCACCGCAGUAA